UGGCAGUAGUGGCUCAUGUAUUGCGGUGCUAUCAAACGGACAUUUUUUACUUUUUAUUGGCAUCUAGCUGCUGGUACCGCUGACAAGGACCGCUCUUUCUAUCUCACGCGGCCUCAACACAUCAGAACGCCAGUGAAAAACAUGUCUGAGACCCGCCUGAAACAGCUCCGCAUCAAGACCGGUGUGCUGAAAAGGUGCUGCAAGGAGCUCAUCAGCUACCAGAAGGAAGCCGAUCAGAUACAGGAGAAGAUCAAGAAAAUGCAAGAUGAAGGGCAAGACGUGUAUUACAUCAAGAAGCAGGACUUGUUGCUGCAGGAGACGCAGAAUGUGAUCCCAGACUGCCAGAAGCGCUUGAACUCUGCCUUCCAGGACCUGAAGACUCUGGUGGAUGAGGAUAAAUCGGUGGAGGAGUCUGAGGAAUACCAGGCAGCGUCCACUUCCCUUCAGGACACCAGUAGCCACAUCACCGCCUAGAGUCACCUCCACAGUGCUUACAAAUACUCGUACAUACAUCGCAUACACGAGAAUAUAUUUUGUAGACCUUUAUUUGAGCUAAUGCUGACUUAUGCUUUUGUGCUGUGAGGUGCAAAGAAGAAAACCUAUUGGUGUUAUUAACCUUAUGUACUCAAGCUUGUGUUGUAGACUACUAAAAGUGUAUGUGUGUGUAUGAGUUUAGGGGGUCAGGAACAGUUCACGUUUCUCUGCAGUGCUACAAAAUUGGCGUGGAAAUAUUGGACUGUUCAGUGGUAGAUCAUAAGACCGAUGCAAGUGUGAUAAUUCGAUGCCUUAAAAACCUCUCGAGUUUCUAAUCUGAAGCUCCAGAAGGUGUUCUUUUGUGUUGCUCUGCUAGCACUAAUCCACAACACUGCUGGAGGAUCUGAGGGUGUAACUUUAAGUGACAACCUAAGUGUCCAUUCCAACCAUGUCACAAGAACCCAAGGGAGGCAUGAGGGAAUCACCACUGCUGCCCUCACAGCCUCUUGCGGGUCAGAGGGUCACUCAUGGCCAGUUCCUGUACAUUCCAGAGCAAGAGAGAAGUUUUGGAUACAGCCAGCAUAGCAUUCCCCCUCCACACAUUCAUCCCACUGCCUCGCUUGGGAACAAUUCAAGGCCUCAUUCAUUUCCCCCACGAGACCAUAGCCUCCCACCACCUCAUCUCCAUGGUAACUCUCCUCCUAUGUUUGCCAGACCUCCUCCCAUGCCACCCAGGUUUUCCCAGCCUCCCCCAGCCAUGUCUUGCCCACCAAACAUUCCUUACCAAGCUUCAUUCCAAAAUCCUAUGAUGACACCUGGGGAAUGCAAUCCUUUGUGGCUCCAGCGCGGCCCCCCACCUGUCCUGCCAUGCCCGCCGAUGCAGGGUGACAAAGCGCCCCUCUCCGGCACCCACUCGGGAGUCUCCAAGGGGACUGUUUUCAGGGACAGCAAGGAACAGGAGGACGACUUGUGGCUGGAGGAGUUUGAGAAGAGAGUCAAGUCCUGCCCACCAUCACCGCCAUCACCUGCCGAGCCCAACACCGCCAAGAAGAUUGUUAAGGUGACUAGUCGUUUUGUCGAUACCUGUCUUGCAUAUUCCUAUGUUCACUAAUAAAGGUUUAGCGAUCGGUAGAUUUUGCCUGUGGUAGAGUGGUCAAAAACUGCCUGUAAGGUGUUGUGAAGUAGUUAAUUAAUGGGAUUUGUUGUUAUUUUGUCUUGAAAUUAACAAAACGGCUAGUUCUUUUAUCAUUUCACUCAUUGAAGCUCAUAUUAUCAGCGCUGUCAUUGUCACGUCACUCCUUCAAACAUAGAUAUGGUUUGACAAUUGGUUCUAAUAAAUCGUUGCACAUUUGAA